AUCUCCAUGGAGAUAUUGCUUAACUGUACAUGUCUAUUAAAGAGAAGAGAGAGAGAGAUAGCAACGCUGGCCAAUUGUAUUGGUCUGAUCAGGUUCCAUCAUCACCAUGAUUACGAUCAUCAACGGAAAGCAGCAAACCAACUAAAGCAUCAUCUUAUCCCUAACUUUCGGUGCAAUGGAUACAUAGGAGAGAUGAUAGAACCUGUUGGCUGAAUAGGAUUGUUAUGUUGUCUGAGUGUCUGUCCGGUUAUGUUACUAACAUUGUUGGCAACGAACAUAACCAACAGCUGUCGUCGUUAUCUCCACAUCAUAACGCGUAGUUAUUCUAUUCUGUUUUUUAUUUUGUGUUACAAAGUUCCAUCAUUAUUUUUCUUUGAAUGAUAAAUUGUAAUGUUCCAAUCGAUCUAUGAAGCUUUGACUUUUGUAACAUGGAAUUGGUCGAUGGUACCCGAAACACAAUGCCAUGUCGAUUCGACCGAUCAUUAUUGCGUCAGCAUUCCACUUCCAAACGGUAUCGAUCUUGUUGUCUAUGCAUACAAAUUUACUUUUCCUAUGUGUUGUGUGUAUUCUCCAGUUCAAUCAUAGCAAUUGCAAUGGUACAAUUUUUUCGAACAUUCAAUCAACAAUGGCUAGUCUUGAUAGGGGGUGGCCUAUUAUUCAUAAUAGUAGGCUCAUCCAUUUACCGUAAUGGUGUUCUGAAGAUGGAUGAGAAUGGCCACGAACGUUUUUGGUCUUUGACCAGCAAACGUGAUCGAUGGAAACGCUGUAAACGUACAGCACGCGAGAAUCAUGUAUUCGAAAGUCACUUAUCAAUCAAUAUGCUGCCACAAUGUUUUACAAGUUUGGAUAUCACAUCAUCAUCAGAGGCGAAUGCACAACUACAAAACCACGCUAACCGUUCUAGACAUCUGAUAUUACUGCCAAUCGAUGCUGAACAAAUGCUCAAUGAUCAUUUACAUCCUGAUUCGGCAACUGUGGUUGAUAUUCAUGGGAAUCAACAACAACCGUUGCCAAUUUCACAGGCAAUUCAUGUUACUACGGAAAUCCAUACAUCGACAACGACAAACAAUGAAUUUGAAUCUUGUGUAGACAACAUUGUUGAAUCGGCCAUUAAUAGUGGUUUGAUGGAACACGAUGAUAUAUCAUCUAGUGAUCAACUGCAGUUAAUGUCGCAAGAACAGACAUCGCCAGAUUCGAAUUCUGAUGAUGAUAAUGAGAACAUUAACAACGAAGCACCGCCAUGCUAUGAUGAUGUCAUUACUGAUGGUGGUCUUUACCGGACUUUAUGAUAAAUUAAGAAUAAUCUGGGAUGGAUAGUAUUAAC